AAUAGUUAAAGUUAUCUGUGGCCACAUAAAAUUUGAGGACAUAUUUUUCUCGAUGAACGAAUAGAAAUAGAAGACAAUUACUAAAAGAGCUGUGUAACAUUUCACCUGAGCAUUUACUUUAGCCACAAUGUACAGCAUAUCAUCAUACCUCCUCAAAUUGCCAAAGGAUUUGGCUACAUUGCGUCGAAUCACAUUGAUCACAGAGACAUCCAAGCCUAUCCUAGCUUCCAAUUCUCAUAAUUUGGUUCGUAACUAUCACGACUACAAGAAAAAUGACAAUAAAGAAAAUUUGCGGCAAAGAUCGUUGAAAUAUUUAUGUUAUUCCUUGUUGUUUGGUGCUGCAGCUUUCACAUCCUAUAAACUUUGGAUAAGGUAUCAAGUGUUUCCCUCGAUAACAGCUGCUGAAGAGCUAGUUGAAACUGACUCUGAGGAUGCAGACACGAAAAAGAAAAGGUAUAGGAAGGAAAAAAUAGGAUUCAGAGAUAGGAAGAUUAUUGAAUAUGAGAACCGAAUGAGGUCAUACUCAACGCCUGAUAAAAUAUUCCGAUAUUUCGCCACUGUCAAAUUAGCAGUUGGUGACAGUACGGAAGUUUACAUGACUCCUGAUGACUUUUUACGAGCUAUCACACCUGGCAUGAAGCAACCUGAUGGGUUGGGACUUGAUCAAUAUCGGAGAUAUGACCCUAAGAGCAUCAGCCAACGCUUGAACUUGGACCUCGACGAGGAUUCGAUCUUCUACAAACUGGGGUCUUCGGGUCUCAUCACCUUCAGUGACUACAUCUUUCUGCUGACUGUUCUGUCAACAUCCCGCCGCCACUUCGAGAUCGCGUUCCGCAUGUUCGACCUCAACGGCGAUGGAGACGUUGAUUGCGAGGAGUUCGAAAAAGUCGCCGCUUUGAUCCGACAGCAGAGCAGCAUUGGAUCAAGACAUAGGGAUCACGCUAACACUGGCAACACUUUUAAGGGUAUCAACUCGGCGCUCACAACAUACUUCUUCGGGCCGAAGCUGAACGAGAAACUGACGAUAGAGAAAUUCCUCGACUUCCAGCAUCAGCUGCAGAAAGAGAUAUUAUCUCUCGAGUUCCAGAGAAAGCAACCAGAUGAAAAUGGUCGCAUCACUGAGGCGGACUUCGCUGAGUUGCUGCUAGCGUACGCAGGCUACCCGGCUAAGAAGAAGGCGAGGAUGCUCAAAAGAGUUAAAAAAGCUUUCCGCGACCAUGGAGUAGGAAUCACCAAAGAAGACUACCUCUCGUUCUUCCAUCUCCUCAACAACAUUAACGAUGUGGACACCGCACUGACGUUUUACCACAUCGCCGGGGCCUCUAUAGACCAACCGACACUGAGACACGUGGCACGGACCGUCGCGCACGUGGAUCUAGACGCACAUGUGAUCAAUGUGGUGUUCACCAUCUUUGAUGAGAACAUGGACGGACAACUUUCCAACCGCGAGUUCGUGGCCGUGAUGAAGAACCGCCUCCUCCGCGGCCUCGAGAAGCCCAAAGACACCGGCUUCGUCAAACUGAUGCAUUCGCUGAUCAAGUGCGCUCGCGACACCAAACCCGCCAUCUUGGAUUUCUAAGGUUGUACACUACUCUUUAGACCUAGACGAAGCUCGGCCCUCAACUGCAGCUAUAAUUAAAGAUCGUUAUCAGCGUGCUGUAUUGGUGGCAGACAAUGACUGGCAAAAAAACAAGUACACAAGUAUUUAAAACAUUUUAUAUUAACAAAUUCUGAAAUAUAUCUAAAUUACAUUGAAUAAAUAACUAAAAUUUGUUCAACAGAUUUGGCUUCGUGCACUACUUUUGACUUGAACUAUACUUGAAUAACAAUUCUAGAUAUUCGUAUCUAGAGUGCAUUUGAUUAUUUGGAUUAAAAUAAUAUACACUUCGCGUAAUGUAUUUUUAUGACAUAAUUAAUGUCAUUUGACGUAUAUUGUUUUAAAAAUAUAUAGUUGGUCGGAAAAGGCUUUGUACCCUAGAGGUGUAAUCCAAAGAAGGUAAGUAUUUAUUUUGUAGUUAAGAACAAAGUGAAUAUUUAAAUGUAUUUGUUUUUUUUGCCAACCGUACCAUUUGCCACGAAAAGUGCACC